GGCUAAACACCCCCGGGGGCGGAGCUGAGGGAGAGCGGACCUCAAAAUGGCGCCUACGAGCCGCGAGGGGGGAACUGAUCUUAGCGAAGACUGUCCGUGCAGUUAACCUCUGUGAUUUUUCUGUUCUCUGGAUGGAAGGCGCAGAAGAGUCUUACCAUUCCUGAAAUAAGUUAGGCCAGUGUUUUCCUAAAAGCAGGACGCUGGGCUCCCCGGAAGCCAUCUGGACAUGACUUUAGCUGUUCCUUAUUUCAUCUGCCGCUGUUGCAAACAGUGUCCGAGUGCCAGAUACCGUCACCGAGCAUUUUCAACCACCCCGUACACUUGGUCACAAGCCAGGAACAGCAGCUACUAUGACUUGCUGGGGAUCAAGAAGGAUGCUACCCAAGAGGAGAUUAAGCGGGCCUUCUUCUGCAAGUCCAAGAAGCUCCAUCCUGACAGCAACCCACGUGAUCCUGAUCUGCACAACCAGUUUGUGAAGCUGAACGAGGCCUACACGGUGUUAAGUAAGGAGAGCAGUCGGAGGCAGUAUGACAGCAUGCGAGCUGCCCGAGCCGCCUGGGGGCCUCCGCCCGGCUAUGGAAGGAGCCCCGAUUUUCAGACAAGGAGCAAAACGGGGCCCGGCAAGGAGAAGGACUUUGACGAGUGGGCUCAGCAAUUCUACUACAGGGAUCCAUUCUCGGCAGAAGAGGCCGAGAGGAGACGGCAGGGAAACCACAAGCUGGUGCAGUACAUACUGAUGAUGAUGAUGGGCGUCGCGUUAAUUCAGUUCAUAGCGUACAGGCAGUUUUCAGAAAUUAGCGCAAGGAAAGUGGCUGAGAAGAAUGAACAGCUCACCCGAAUAUAUAAUGAAAGCAAGGAACGAGCAAGGGCUAAAAGGAAGAAGCGGCAGCAGCUGGAGCUGCUGUAUCAGAAGCAGAACGAAUUUGUCCAGCGGUAUUACACGCGCUGCAAGCGGUUCGCUGCAGCCCCUGGACGCUUUGGAUCGGUCACGGAUCCUGCGGCGUCCAUCCCCACUGCCAAAUAAAACUGAACAGGAGCCGAGA